UGUUAAGCGUCAAAUUUUACAAAACAUGUCGAUGUCACAUAGCAGCACGUACAAAUUGUUUUAAAAUUUAGAAGAUAUCUUUACGAAUAUUACUAAAGAAGCCGACUUUUGUUAUCUUAUCUUAAUUAGUUAUUAUUGACACAUAAUAUAGACUAUAGUUAUUUACUAUUGCGUUAUAAAAUUGCUAUGUGAGUUAUGCGUGUUCUACUUCGGCCGAUAUCUAUAUUUAGGCAGGCGGUGCAGACGAAUAGAGUUGUCCACUUGAAGAGUACCUUUACGACAGCAUUAGUCUGGAGAGCGAUGGAAGAUAAAGAGGCCUUGAAAAAACGUCUAACACCUCUCCAAUACCAUGUUACCCAAGAAGCUGGGACUGAAAGACCUUUUACUGGUUCUUUCAAUAAAUUUUACGAGGAAGGUUUAUAUGUAUGUAUAGUUUGUAAACAAGACUUAUUUAGUUCAAAAACCAAAUUCGAUUCUGGUUGUGGCUGGCCUGCUUUUAAUGAUGUUCUUGCAAAAGAGAAAGUGACCUUACACCAGGAUACCAGUGCAGUUGGGGCGAAUAUAUUACUGGUUUUAACACGACCAGGUAUGGUGCGAACUGAGGUGCGAUGCUCCAAAUGCUCGGCUCACCUGGGCCACGUGUUCAAUGACGGGCCGGUGCCCACCAAGAAACGGUUUUGUAUUAACUCGGCAGCAUUGGACUUCAUACCAGCGGAAGAACGAACGGAUUAGUGUAACCAUGUUAUGCUAUAUUAGGUAUACGACGGUUAUCGAGAGGUCUUAAAAGAAAAUAUUUUUGUCUUCUGAAUUAUGAUUCAUAAUAAUUCUUAGACUAGGUUCGAUCUUGUAUGCUGUUGUAAAGCGUUUAUCUGAACGUAGGUAUCAUACUUAUUGCGAAAGUGCAAUAUUUUUAAAUAUUAUGGGUGUUUGUGUAAAAUAAUUAAAAAAAACCCCACAACCGCUUAUUAGAACGCUUGACCGAUUAAAAUAUAUAAAAAAUGUGUAGACUUAUGUUAUUUUUUAUAUUAUUGUACACUAUUUGCCUUUCCAUGAUUGAAUAUCUCGAAAAUGUUGCGCAUUAUUGUUACUUACUCCAAUGGAGGGUUUUUAUCGAGCCUAAUAGCCUAAAAGGGGUAACAAAGGUAAAAGUUUAAAUUUCGUGUAGAACCAAAAAAUGGGACCUAAUCACACAGAAAAAAAAACUAUUCUAACCACAACUCAGUCGAUUCGAGAAAAAAUGUCGCGUAUUCCUUUUUAACUGUUAGUCAUCGUUAUUUGUCCUUUAUAAAAUUAGUACACCUAUUUAAGUUUAGUGCAGAAAUUAGAAAUUAUUUAAGGGUUCCGCAUUCGGUGUUGAACAUUAUGUUGUAUUUAUUUUCGUUAUAAUUAUAUCAAAAGAAGGCAGAAAUGCUUUUUCAAAAGUUACGAUGUUUACAAAAUCUACCUCUCAUUUUUCAAAUUUUCAUUCGUCUUGCGAGUGCGGAACCCACAGUGAGCGAUACUUACUACAUAGUUACCAUAACGAGUCGAGAAUUUUAUCUUUUGUUGAUUUUAUUUUGUAAUUUAAUUAUUAUUUAAAAUAUCCUUUGAGAAGGUGUAUAGUACAAAAUAUUCGUAUUAUGAAUAUUGAAUUGUUUUGUCAUUGCUGCUAUUGAAAUAAAUAUUUUAUUAAUGU